GAGGGAUCAGGUCCGGUUGUUAUGGUGAAGCAUUUCCUCGGAGGACUCUCUGGACCCGGGUCUGGAGCUGCUUCAGUUUCAGAGCCAGACCUGCCAGGAGGACGUCCACCACCACCACCUCCUCCUCCACUUCUCCUCCAGAGUGAAGACGGUGUCACCCAAACCUGCUUCCAUAAAGUGCACGAACAAGUCGUGGAAUGCGUCCAUUACCGUCCGGAGAUGUUUGAGCACCUUCUGCAGGAGGCGUCCGGCCCUCGGUUCUCGUAGGACGUUCUUCUACCUUGAGGAUUUAUCGUUCGCGGCCACUUAUGGAUUCUCAAACUUUCACCCCCCUGUUGGAUGUAAGUCGUGGACACAAUCGACCGCAACAUCUGAGGAUGAGAGUCUGACUCUUCUCUGUGGACCUCUGGCCAGGCUGCGGUUGAAAUGGACGGGAGGACUGACGGCCGGUUUGUUUUGGACACUUGUCUGCUGCCGUUUCACUUCGGCACCAUAAGAGUUUUUACUUGAAGGAUGGGACGAGUCUUAUUUUUGAAGUCAUGGAGAUAUCCGGCACCUGAUUGUACAGCUUGAGUUGUUUUGUCUCAUCGUACCUUGGACGUUUUUGCUUUUUUUUACUUCACGUCUUUUCGGAGUCUUCCUCCAGGCCCCGAUGUAGGUGUCUGUGAGGGAAACCUGCCUCUUUCAAAAGGAUUUAACAUCCUCCAAGACUUUCUGGAAUACACAGCUGCUUAGCUCCAUGGCUGCAGAUCACAGCGAGCUGCUGGCCGAGAUGGCCACGAUCGGGCGCCUGAGCGCCACCGAGCGCCUGAAGCACGCCCAGAAGCGCCGCGCUCAGCAGCUCAAGACCUGGGCGCAGAUGGAGAAGGAUGCGGCCAGAGGCUCGAGAGCCAAAGCGGAUAAGAAGAAGCCACGAACGACCAAGGUGACGUUCCCCAGCGCCGUCACUCUGCUCGAUGCAACCGCACGUAACGACGUUGUGGAGGUGAGGGAGCUGCUGAACGGCGGCGUCAGCCCCGAUCUGGUGAACGAGGACGGACUGACGGCUCUGCACCAGUGCUGCAUUGAUGAUUUCGUGGAGGUGGUGCAGUGCCUGGUGGACGCCGGCGCGUGCGUCAACGCCUGCGACAGCGAGCUGUGGACGCCGCUGCACGCUGCCGCCACCUGUGGACACACGGGGCUGGUGCAGCUCCUGAUUCAGGCCGGGGCUAACCUACUAGCCGUCAACGCCGAUGGAAACAUGCCCUACGACCUCUGUGAGGACGAGGCCACCCUCGAGCUGCUGGAGACGGUCAUGGCCGAACAGGGGAUCACUCAGGACCGUAUAGAUGAGUGCAGAGGGGCUAAGGAGGCGGCCAUGUUGGCGGACACCAGGGCUCUGAUUCAGAGCGGAGCAGAAGUGAACGCGCAGGACAAUAACGGAGGAACUCUGCUCCACAUCGCGUCUGCUAACGGCUACAUGUCGGUGGCUGAGCUGCUGCUCGAGAACAAGGCUCAGGUGGAGGUGAAGGACUCUGACGGCUGGACGCCGCUACAUGCUGCCUCCUGCUGGGGACAGCUUCAAAUGGUGGAACUGCUGGUGGCCCACGGAGCCAGUCUGGACUCAAAGUCCAGUCUGGAGGAGACCCCUCUGGAUGUUUGCAUGGACGAGGAGGUCAGAGCCAAACUGAUGGACCUGAAGCACAAACACGACGCCAUCAUGAAGAGCCAGGACAGGCAGAAGGGGACCCUGCAGAGACGGGCGUCCAGCACCGGGAGCAGAGGGAAGGUUGUGCGUCGCGUCAGCGUGAACGAGCGCUCCAGUCUGUACCGGCGGGAGCAUCACAAAGAGGCCAUGGUGUGGCAGGAGCGGGGAAGACAACCCGAGCCUCAGGACGAGGACGAGGACAGACAGACGGACAACGAGCUGCAACAGCAAGCCAUGAUGGCCAGCGGCACGGCGACGUCCCGUUUGGAGGAGCUGGAGGCAGCGGACAGGAAGAUCAUGUCCAGCCUGGGGAACGGGGAGACGUCGGUGUCCCUGUCCUCCUCCGUCCCUGGGGAGGUGUGGAGCGGCGGGGGCCUCAUGGAGCGCAGCGCCUCCUACCAGCUGGGCGGCGCCGAGGACGAGGGGGCGGACGGGAUGUCCCGGGAGAAGUCGCACCACACGCUGGCCGACCUGAAACGGCAGCGGGCGGCGGCGAAGCUCAACAAAUACCCGGCGCCUCAGCCGCCGCGGCCUCCUGCCCUGGAGGAGGAGCCUCCCGCCGCGGCGGCCGAGGUCACGACGGAGGCCGAGGCUCAGCCGGAGCUCACGAUAACCCCCACGGAGGUCUACUUCACCCCGGCCAGCGGAGACCCUCCCCUGCUGAAGCUUCGAGCCCCCGAGGAGGAACAGUCCAGCAAUAAGGAGCCGUGCUGUGGACUCAUGUAGCCUCCAGAAGACGAGUACGUUUGCACUCCACAACGUGGCAAAAAACCUUUGGAAACGGACGCUUUAAGUGAAGAGUGUAACUGAAGGCCACAUGCCAAUCAGGGUCUGAUCUGCACAACAGAUAACGUGAGAUAAAUCUUCCCUUUACUCCAUCGCUUCCUUUAAUAAACUCUCUUCUCUGCACUUAGAGGCUGCUGUUGGACGUCAGGGACAUUCAGUCUUCUGUCUCAACUACUCAAACGAGACUUUAAAUCGCAGCAGGUUUGGUUUAAAUUAAGAAUGUGGUUCUAUUUUCUUUAAUAAACGAGUGCUCUGAGAGGUACCUGA